CGCGUGUGAUAGAAGCAAGAUGGCGUCAGGCCAAAGGGCCUUCGCCCAAAAGCUGUCAAAACAACAUGCAGCUGACGUGCGAAGGACAGUGCGGGAUAUUACAACAGGGAAAGACCCGCCUCGUUCAGCCAGUGUAUCAACUAUCUCCACACAUGUUCCCCUUCAAGAGGUAGUUGAACCUGUUGAUUAUGAAGACUUCAUUGAUCAGCAUCAACUUGAGGCAGACAGAGAUCCUGCCCGUGGGAUACUUCACUUUCCCAGCGAUGACAUAGUUGUAACAUGUAUUCCAAGACACAUUCGAACUGUGCAUCCAGUUGUGCCAGAUGAUGGUAGGGAUGGCUUUGAUGCACAUGUGGCAGACUGUGUUCGGUGCUAUACAAAAGACUGGCUACAUGUCAGUCGACAGUACCUCCAUCAUUCCACGUCAGUACCUGGAAGGAACCAGCUGACAGCAGAGCGCCUUGCACAUUUGCAGUCUUGUCCACAACCUGAAUUUGAAGUAGACUUGGAUGAUGACCGGGGACACGAUGAUGUUGAAAGACAAGAUAUGGUGGGAAGCCGUCACUCCUCCCACCUAUCUGACACACCAAGGGGAAGCUGGGCAAGUUCAGUCUUUGAUCUGCGAAAUUCUGUAGCAGAUCCCCUGCUGCCAUCCCUACUCUCUCGUAUUCCCUUGGACACAGUGGAUAACAACAAUCAACAAUCGAGGCAGGAAAACAGACAGGAGUCCCUGUUUGUACUUUAUCCCCCACAAGAUGAGGAGGACAUGAUAGAGAGGAGGCUAUACCCAGAAGUCCCCAUGCCCCACUCAGGCCACCGCAUCCAAGUAAAGUGCAUCAACUUGAGACUUGAGUUGGAGAUCGAGCCAGUCUUUGCCACCAUGGCUCUCUAUGACUUGAGGGAUAAGAAGAAGGUGUCUGAGAACUUUUGUUUUGAUAUGAAUCCUGAGCCUCUCAAGCGAAUGUUAACGUCACACAUUCCAUAUCAGGAUAUAUCAACACUCAGCCGUACCUGUAUUUUUGAUAUUACCUACCCUUCAAGUGAUUUAUUCUUAGUAGUUCGUCUUGAGAAGAUUCUUCAGGGAGACAUCAGUGAUGUUGUUGGACCUUACAUGAAAGAUGAUGCAAACCGAGAGAAGUUGAAGGCAGCAGCUGUUGCAAGUUGUGAACGGCUUGGUAAAUAUCGUAUGCCGUUAGCCUGGACUGCAAUUAAUCUUAUGAACAUCUUCACGGGAGUCCAUGGAGAUCGUGAGAAUGCUCCGGAAAGAGAACCAUCAGGAUCAAACAGUCUAGACCGAAAGCAGAGUUCAUCCAGCUACGAUGAGCUGAAACGAAAGAGUGGUUCAGGGUCACUGACUCGCAGAGGAUCCCUAGAAAGGCGAAGCUUCAGUGAGAAGAGACGGAGUUGGUCUCCUGAAGAAUUUGGAGCAUGUCUGGAUUCCUUCAGACCAGUUACUCUAACCGUGUCAUCAUUUUUCAAACAGGAGGGAGAUAAACUACGUGAUGAUGACCUUUACAAGUUCCUUGCUGAUCUCAAACGACCCUCAAAUCAAUUGAAGAAAAAAUGUCUUCCGGGUCUACUCAAAUUAGAUAUAUCUCCAGUUCGGGACCAGCCUAAGUACUGCCUCACAGCAGAGCUAUCCAGACUUCAUCCUUAUCCAGCAGAUGAGACAGAGGAGGAGGAAGAUAAGGAUUAUGAGAAAUGUCGACCAAUUAAGGAGAUCGUCGAGUUUCCUCCAAGAGAUAUUUUUGUUCCUCACUACUCCUACAGGAAUCUCCUCUUUGUUUCACCAAAAGAUCUGAAUUUCAGUAACAGACCAGGUUCUGCACGGAACAUUGCUGUAAAGAUACAGUUCAUGGCUGGGGAAGAAGAGUCGGCUGCCAUGUCAGUCCUUUUUGGCAAAUCAUCGUGCCCAGAGUUCACCACAGAAGCCUAUACUGCAGUCACUUACCAUAACAAGUCCCCUGACUUCUAUGAUGAAUUCAAGAUCAAGUUACCUCCUGUACUUGGUGACCAACACCACAUUUUAUUCACAUUCUAUCACAUUUCUUGUCAGAAAAAGAAUGAAGAAAAAACAAUUGAAACUCCUGUUGGGUAUACAUGGCUGCCUGUAUAUCGUGAUGGAUGCCUCCAAACUGGUGAACACAGCUUGCCAGUGAUGAUGGAGCGGCCCCCAAGCAACUAUUCCUAUAUCACUGCGGACAUACAACUCCCAGGCACAAAGUGGGUUGAUAACCACAAGGGCCUUUUCACUGUCCUAGUUGAGGCAGUGUCAUCAGUACAUGCACAGGAUAAGCAUAUUGAUAGAUUUUUCCAUCUGUGUAAAAUGGUGGAGGAGGGUAAUAUUCCAGCUCGUAUUGGUGAAGCUAAUAUGGAGGGAGAACUAAAGAAAGCAAUGGGAGAUCUGAUAAACUGUCAUGCUGAACCAUUAGUACGAUUUGUCCCUGUGCUGUUAGACCGCCUCAUAUCUCUCAUGGUUCGGCCACCCACUCUUGCUGGACAGCAAGUCAAUAUUGCCCAGGCUUGUUUUGAGACCAUUGGCACGCUUGUUGGACGAAUAUCUGGACUCCUGGAGGACAAGAAUGAUCAGCAUGGACGUAACAGCACCCUCCUAACGUAUGUGGCAUAUCAGGCAACUCUACCCCAUCCAGAUGAUAGCCCAACUGUUGUAACUGCCCAGCCACACCCUCCUCACCCACCAACCUCAGUCCCCACUCAUCGAAAGUAUUCUAGAAGCAGCAGUAAUCCUGAUUUAGGUCAGGAUGCUGAUGCUGAAGUUGGAGGAAUCUUAUCAAGAGGAUUGGACAGAACCAACUCGAUGAGAACAGGUGGGAACUACGAAAAUCUUCUGUUGUUGCAGCGACUCCCAGGAAGGAAAGUAGUUCAUGAAGAAGUGGCCCUUCAAUGGGUAGUGUCAAAUGGCACAGGCAGAGAAAAGGCUCUAGCAAAUUCAUGGUUCUUCUUUGAAUUGAUGAUAAAGUCCAUGUCAGAACACCUAGCCCGCACAGGAAGACAGGACACUUUGCGCAAGAUGAGGUUCUCCCACCAGUUCUGUGAUGAUGUUGAGAACUUGACCAACACCAUCACAAAUGACAUCAUUGCUCUCCAUAACAAAGAUGUCCGAGACACCAGAUUCGUACAGAAUGUGAACAGCAGCCUGGCGUUCUUCUUGUGUGAUCUCCUGUCGGUGAUGGACAGAGGGUUUGUUUUCAUGCUAAUUAGAAACUACUGUAAGCAGAUGAGUAACAAGAUAAUGAAUCUACCAGAUGCUGCAGCACUAAUAAAUCUGAAGCUGGAUUUUGUACGCAUUGUAUGCAGUCAUGAACACUUUGUGGCUCUGAAUUUGCCAUUCUGCACACCAAUCUCAGCAACCUCGGCUCCAUCAUCCCCCUGUCCCUCGAUUGGAUCAACAACUAGUCAGUCAUCCUUCAUCUCCACUGUGAUUGGUGGAAAUCGUAGUGCUUUCAUGAUGCUUUCAAACUCAUUCAGACAACAGCACUUCCUUGUUGGUCUUGUGUUGUCAGAUUUGGCUACUGCUCUAGAAAUAAACAAUCCCAGUAUCCAUGGAAGAGCAGUGAACUCAGUGAGAAACUUGCUGACAAGCCAUGACACAGAUGAACGUUUCACAGAGCCAGAAGUAAAGGCAAGAGUGGUGGCUUUGUAUCUGCCACUCAUCAGCAUUGUCAUUGAUGCCUUAGCUCAGCUGCACACAUUUGCAAGUAAUAAAAAUCGGAAUUUGAUGUCUUCUGUCAGUGACGAGAAUGAUGGAGUCGCAACACACAUCCACCAAAAUGUUGCUUUAGCUAUUGCUGGUUCUUCUAUGUUUGCCAACAGGGAGAGUGACUAUGAUGUCAUACAAGGGCAACAGCAGCCUCGCAAGUGCCCCUUGAGUUCCGAGACAACACGCAACAUGCUCAUCUGCCUCCUCUGGGUCCUGAGUAAUGCUGAUGAAGUAACCCUUCGUCACACACUCUCGGAUUUGUCACACACCCGCCUACAUCAGCUGCUUGAUGUCCUCUACAUAGCUGUGUCUUGCUUCCAGUACAAG